CAGCAGUAAUCAGUUGCAAGUAGAAGUCGACCAAAUAAACAUUCUAAAAUGGCAGCGAAGUUUGUCAUUGUAGCCCUCCUGGUGGCAGCUGCGCAAGGCAGCGCGGUGCACGGUGGCGAUUACAACAGCUUCUCCUACGGAGUAUCAGAUCCUAACACUGGUGAUGUGAAGAACCAGCAUGAGACCCGCGUGGGCGACAGCGUCCGCGGGCAGUAUUCCCUCCUGGAGUCUGACGGCACGAAGCGCACUGUUGACUACGCUGCUGACCCACAUACAGGAUUCAACGCCGUCGUGCGCAAGGAUCCUGUGAUUGGACAUGGUUACGGUGCUGGUUACGGUGCUGGUUAUGGCGCUCACGCCACUCCUCUAGCGUACGCCGCACAAGCCGCUCCUCUUGCCUACGCCGCUCCUGUCGCCCACGCCGCUCCUCUCGCCUAUGCCGCUCCCUUGGCCGCUCCCUUGGCGUACGCCGGUCACGCCGCUCCCGUAGCCUACUCUUCCCACGUCGCUCACGGCGCUCCUCUGGCUCACGGACUCUACGGUGCUCAAGGACUCGGCCUGGGCUAUGGCGCCCAAGGUCUUGGACUCGGAUACGGCGCUCACGGCCUCGGUCUUGGCUACGGAAAUGGUCUCGGUUACGCAGCUGGUCUGGGACACGCUGGUGGACUUGGAUACGGCCGUGGUCUCGGCCAUGGUGCCCACUACGGUGGAUGGUAAUUUAAUAAAGCCUUCCCUUUUAAAUACCAAACCAAACCAAAAGUGAUACUCAAAUGAAAAGCUGUGAUUUAUACUGAAAAUAAAUAUUGUAUUUGUGAAUAAAUGACGUGAAACUUA